AUGGCUUCAUCAGAGGAGGAUUUCUCCUGUCCUGUGUGCUUUGACAUCUUUAAGGAUCCUGUUGUCCUGUCCUGUAGUCACAGUGUGUGUAAGGUUUGUCUGCAGCUGUUCUGGAAAAACAAAGACUCCAAGGAGUGUCCAGUUUGUAGGAGAAGAUCCUCAAGGGAUGAUCCUCCCAAGAAUAUGGCUCUAAGGAACCUAUGUGAGGCUUUUUUAGAAGGAAGAAUUCAGGGAAUUUCAACAGGGUCCGAGGAGUUCUGCAGUUUGCACAGUGAGAAACUCAGACUCUUCUGUCUGGAUGAUAAACAGCCUGUGUGUUUGGUGUGUCGGGAUUCAAAAAAGCACAAAAACCAUGAAUUGUGUCCAGUGGAUGAAGCUGCACAUGAGAGCAGGGAAGAACUGAAGACUACACUGAAGCCCUUACAGGAGAAACUGGAGAUCUUUAAAAAGGUCAAGCUGACUUGUAAUAAAACAGCAGAACACAUUAAGAAUCAGGCUAAACACACAGAGACACAGAUUAGGGAGGAGUUUGAGAAACUUCACCAGUUUCUACGAGAUGAAGAGAGAGUCAGGAUAACUGCACUGAAAGAGGAAGAGGAGAAGAAGAGUCAGAUGAUGAAGGAGAAGAUUGAGGAGAUGAGUAGAGAGAUUUCCUCUCUCUCAGAGAAAAUCAGAGCCAUAGAAGAGGAGAUAAAAGCUGAAGACAUUUUGCUCCUAAAAAACUUCGAGGCCACAAACAAAAGAGCCCAGUGCACACUGCAGGAUCCACAGAUGCUUUCAGGAGCACUGAUCAAUGUGGCAAAGCACCUGGGCAACCUGAAGUUCAGAGUGUGGGAGAAGAUGCAGGGCACUGUUCAAUACACUCCUGUGAUUCUGGACCCCAACACUGCAGCACCAUAUCUCAUCCUGUCUGAGGAUCUGACCAGUGUGAGAUACAGAAAAGAAUAUCAGCAGAUUCCUGAUAAUCCAGAGAGAUUUGAUAGAUAUCCAUGUGUCCUGGGCUCUGAGGGCUUUAAUUCAGGGACACACUGCUGGGAUGUUGAUGUUGGGGAGAAUACAUACUGGGACAUGGGUGUGACCACAGAGUCAAACCAGAGAAAGGGAGAAACAUUCUUUAAGACUGGUAUCUGGCGUGUUCGGUUAUACCAUGGUAAAUACUGGUCAAAGGCCUCAGGAGGGUCAUAUGUUCAACUGACAGUGAAUAAUAAACUCCAGAGGAUCAGAGUGGAACUGGACUGGGACAGAGGAGAACUCUCAUUCUCUGAUCCUCUAAAUAACACACACCUACACACCCUCACACACACUUUUACUGAGAGAAUGUUUCCAUUCUUCCAUAAUCACUGUAAACUCUCUCCUCUGUGGGUCUUACCAGUGACGUUUUGUGUAACAGUGAAACAGCACAAGAAAAUGUGA